AUGAGCCAAGAAGACACUCGGAGUGUCUACCAAAAACUGUACGCAGUGUGGAAUGACGAUGACCGGUUCAAAAUUUCAAGUGUUUUGUCCGAUGUUGACGCACUAUUACAUGACACAAAAAUUCACAACUACUGCCCACUACCACCAACGUGGAAUUUACUUGGGUUUUGUGGGAGUCACACAUCCUCCCUUCUUCAACUUGAAGUGUUAAGAAACGUCCAACAAAAAGUUCCAGACGUCCUUGAAAAGGUACGAGUGUAUAGUGGAACGCAGCUUUCAAGUAUUAUAGCGGUGAUGUUAGCAUAUGGCUAUUCCAUUGAUAUAACAAAGAAAGUUCUAACUAUUAUUACUAAAGAAUAUCCACUCAGGACGGGAGUCUUAGGAGGGGUGACUGGUGCGAUGUACUCCAACAAAGUGUUACAUAUAGUGUUGCAGCGACUUUUUGGUACUUCGAAAAUUGGGGAUCUUCAAAGGUAUGUUGCGAUAGACGCGUUGCAAGCAGACACACAUGAAACAGACCGCAGUGGGGAGAGAACGCACCACGCCAAAUUGAUGACAAACUACUCCGAGAAUGGUCAAACCGAAUUUGAGAAUAUGUCCUGUGUCGAUAUCUGUAUGAGAGCCUGUGCAGUUCCAGGGUACUUCACCGAGUACCAGGGAUACUUAAGUGGGAUGCUAAUAGAAAACAACCCAGUCGCCCUUUGUCUCCCACGUCUUGUUGGAUGCGGUAUCAGUCUUGAUACCAUUUUCUGCCUCAACAUCACUGAUGGAGACUUCGAGCCUCGGUACUUCGACAUGGAAAGUUAUGGAAAAGCAGGUGCACUGAAGUGGGUCCCCCAUAUCAUCGACAUCCACCAACUCUCUCGACGUGAAUUUUCAGAAAAAAGUCUUCGGUUGUAUCUUGGGGAUCAGGUUUGUCGUGUUGACGUUGUUAUUCCAAAAGAUGUUGGAUUUGGUGAUUCUGAGAAGUUGAAAACACUUGGUGCAAGUUCAGAUGUUUCUUAUGUUGUUGAGUGGCUUAUGCGCUAUUGGAAAUAA